GCAUAGUUUUAAUCAGAUUAAGAGAUUAGGAUGUUUAUGCAGAUUACUUUAUAACCCGGAUUGAGGGAGAGGAGAGAGAUUUCUCUGGCAGUAUUCAGAGGUGGAAGACAGUUACCCGUAAAACACAACAAUGCCGGGGGUGAUAAAUGUGGACGAGUUGACAGACGUGGAUAAGGCUAAAAUGGAAAGAGACCAAAAGAAGAUUGAAGUCAAGCUUGAGAGAUGGAUGACGUCUAAGUGCUGUACUGAGUUUAUGGAGGCAGUUCAGGCCGGUGUAGAAGAGGACACUCUGGUCAAAGGCAUCGCAGAAGACAAGAACCCAUUCAAGGAGUUGAAAGGUGGAUGUGUCGUCUGCUGAAGAGGACAGGAGUCAGAACAGACAGUGGAGCUUUUCUUUCACUGAUUAGACCCUCUCUAGUGCCCAAGGACAUGCCCCCUUCCUAGGAAACAUAGCUGGAUCACCAAUAGCUAACCGAGAGGAGAUGGUAAAAAAACAACAGAUGUAAAUCAAUCUAAAUCUCAUGAAACCAUGUAAAUGAAUCCUUCUAGAUUGUGAUCCCUCCUUGGAGUGAUGCAGGAAAUAAGGGUUGUUUUUGGAAUGAUUGUCAGAGGUUUGUUGGAUGGUUUAUAUUGUCAGUAAAGAGCUUGUCUCCCAUGAGACUGUCUAUA